AAUUUUACGCUACUCUAUGUGUUGAACUACCUAUAAUUUUUAUGUAUUGUUUUAUUACAGUUGAUUGCAUAGUUCAGCACAGUGAUACAGUGUGGUACACAGUGUUACGGUAAACUCAGUACGCCUAACCCGUCGCAGUUCGCGAACAACAAACAAAUAAAUAUGCGAAUUAUCUGACACAGAUACACGAGUUUUAUUUUUUGUUUUUGUUGUUCUAAUCACACUUUUGAUUUAUAAUGUCUGUGAGUGCAAGUGCAGAAAACCUAACGACGGACGCCCAGAGCUGCGAUGGUGGAUCCAUGUGCCUCGAGCUUGCGCUGGAAGGCGAGCGACUGUGCAAGGCGGGGGACUGUCGCGCCGGCGUUGCCUUCUUCCAGGCAGCCAUGCAAGCGGGCACCGACGACCUACGCACCCUCAGCGCUAUCUACAGCCAGCUGGGCAACGCGUACUUCUACCUCGGGGACUACGCGAAAGCCAUGCAGUAUCAUAAGCUCGACUUGACAUUAGCAAGAACAAUGAACGAUAAACUUGGCGAAGCAAAAGCGUCUGGCAACUUGGGGAACACUCUGAAAGUGAUGGGCAAGUUUAACGAAGCAAUACAAUGCUGCAAAAGCCACCUAGAAAUAUCGCGUGCCUUGGGAGACAGGCUGAGCGAAGGUCGCGCUCUGUACAACCUGGGAAACGUUUACCAUGCCCAGGGGAAACAGUUGGGCCGAGUGGGACAAAAUGACCCGGGACAUUUCCCGCAAGAGGUGCGAGACUGCCUUAUGCAAGCCGUGGCUUAUUAUGAAGAGAAUCUAGAAUUAAUGCGAAGCUUGGGCGACCGUCAGGCCACGGGCCGGGCGUGCGGCAACCUCGGCAACACAUGCUACUUGCUGGGUGACUUCGCCCGGGCCAUUAGAUACCACACGGAGCGGCUGCGGAUAGCUCAGGAGGUGGGCGACCGCGCGGCAGAGAGGCGAGCCAACAGCAAUCUGGGCAACUCGCAUAUAUUCCUCGGACAGUUCGAAAACGCCGCGGAACAUUAUAAGCGGACGCUAGCAUUAGCUGAAGAGUUGGGCGACGCGGCAGUGGAAGCGCAAGCGUGCUACUCCCUCGGCAACACAUAUACGUUGCUACGAGAGUACCGCACCGCUGAGGAGUAUCACGCGAGGCACCUUUCAGCGGCUAGAAAGCUGCAGGACAGAGUCGGCGAAGGCCGCGCUUGCUGGUCCCUCGGAAACGCGCAUGCAGCGCUCGGAAAUCACGAGAAAGCGCUUUAUUACGCGAGGGAGCACUACAGUAUAUCUGAGCAGCUCGGCGACGUAUUGGGCAUGGCCACAGCGCAGAUGAAUAUCGGCGACCUGUGCAAGGUGCUGGGCCUGCCGGUGGACGCGACGCCAGCGCUGCCGCACGACUCGGCCGACGCGCCGCGGACUCCCUUCAACGCGCUGCGUGUCCGACGGCAGAGUAUGGAGCAGUUGUCUCUCAUACAGAUAACACCGGAUGCGAAGAAAAAAGACGGAGACGUGAAACAAGACAGGGAAAUGGUGCGAGCGGAGUCCGAAGAGGGCGAACACACCACAGAGAUGUUCAUGAAGAUGGUGGAGAGGUGCCAGUCGUCGCGCAUGGACGAGCAGCGCGCUACACUCGACAAGGAGAACCGGCCGCGCGGCAAACUGCAGCGCUCCGCAAGCAGCGGCAACAAGCACCCUCCGGCGGACAGCAUGCUGGAGAUGCUCAACAUGAUCUCGGACCUGCAGUCCGAGCGCAUUGACUCCCAGCGUGCUGAACUGCGUCCAAUCAAGCCGAAGUCGCCCAAGGAGACCAAGGCGACCUCCCUGCCCGGACUUCGAGCCACCCAGACAACCAGCACUCGCCCGGAGGACGACUUUUUGGAUAUGAUCGCUCGUAUCCAGGGGUCCACUCGACUGGACGACCAACGUUCCGAACUGCCGCGUCCGAAGCCGGAGCUCGCCGCUCAUCACCCGCCAGAGGAGGACUUCCUGACUAACUUGAUGCGCGCUCAGGCCGGCCGCAUGGAGGACCAAAGGGCCACUAUUCCACUGAAGGAGUCUCAGAACAAGGCUUCGAACUCCAAGAAUGGAAAAUAAGAGAAUUCACCAGAAUCCCUACAACCCAUUCUUACGUACACAUAUAUUUUAUCCUCAAUGUGUUAUGUCCCUAUAAUUUACGUUCAUGUUCUAUGUCCCUAUAUUUAUUAAACAAUUAAUUCACGAACAAAUUUUAGCAAAAUGCAUUGUUUAAAAAUAAUAAAUGUUUUAAUUUACAUUUUUACAUACAUCUUCGACAUUUGGGUAAAUGGUCUUCAACUUUUAUUUAUUCAUUUUAUUUUAUGUAAUUGGGCAUUUGACAUUUUUAAUUGUACAUAAUACAUGCUAAUAGUAGAGUGAUUAUGUAGAAGUAACAAUGUAUCUACGAUUACUAAUUUCGAAGAUACAGGGACGUAUUUUCAUAAUGAAAAAUGUGACAUUAAAUGUAUAAGGAAGCUAAAAACAUGUACAUGACUUUUCAUAUAAUUACGUUACAAGACUUGUUUUUUAUUUCACAAACAUUCCGACAAUUUUGUUUUAUUAUCUACGAAUUAUUUAAUGUUGACUUCAUUCUCCUAAAAGUUUCAUAAAAAUCAAUACAUGCAAAUGUCAGCAAAUGCCCAAUUAUCUGCGAUCAACAUGAAAUCAACAAACAUUCCACAGAAAAAUAUCAAAUUAGUUUAAACAUAAAUGUAUCAUUAUACU